AUGCCCCAAACUUUCUCAUAUGCCGUGAAUCUAUCAGUGGAAAAAGUGAUGAUUAGUGCUUCCUUGAUUUGGGCUGCUUCUGAUUUCUCAUCCUUGACGUUCACUUCGAUCAUGGCUUUAGCUGUUUGUGAGAGCUUACCACGUCUAACCAGUGCGUUGCGAGCUUUCUCAAAUGUGAGUGCAACAGAAGUGUUAUCAGAAGGAAGGAAUGAGUUGUGUGCAAAACGUAUGCACAAAACUGAAGAUCAGCGGAAAAAUGGAGAAACUUGGUCCAAAUUGGUUGCUUUGAUUGAGGCAAAAGCUACUGCUGACAAACCUGAACUAGAAAAAGCUUACAAAGAACUGUUUCAAAGAGCUAAGGAAAUUGUUGGCCAGGAAGCAAGUAUAGAAACAGUUGAAAGUGCAGCUUAUUUCUUGUUUCAAGUGUUUCUUGGAGUGGAAAUGGUUGGGCAUGCUGAAACCAUAAAAUUACAGAAAAAAGUAGAUACUGGAUCUCGUCCCACUUAUGGCUGUCAAGUCACAAUUCAGAUGGCUCUUCCUGUUGGAUUUGAGCGCACUGAUAAUAAAUUAUAUGAAGAAGUUCACUUACCUCCAAAUGAGAAAUCAACUUUGUCUCUCAGCUUUAAGCUCGUACCAAUCUCAGAAUUUGAUGAGAUUGUAUAUAUUGCUCCAAUGAAAGCUCUGGCUGCUGAAAUGGUGAGGAAUUUUAGCAAACGUCUUGAAGCCCUUGGCAUCAUUGUACGAGAAUUGACUGGAGAUAUGCAGCUAACUAAGCAAGAAAUUGCAACUACACAGGUAGAGGCUACCCAGAGUAUGAUACGAAUUGUAGGUCUAUCAGCCACUCUACCAAAUUAUUUGGAUGUAGCAAGGUUUCUCAGAGUCAAUGUAAGCCUUGGCCUUUUCUUUUUUGAUGGGAGAUUCCGGCCUGUACCUCUUGGUCAGACAUUUAUUGGUAUUAAAACCACUUCAAAGAUGCAGCAGUUACAAGAUUUCAACACUGUUUGUUAUGAGAAGGUUCUAGAUCAAGUUCGAAAAGGCUAUCAAGUGAUGGUGUUUGUUCAUGCUCGAAAUGAGACUGUUCGUACUGCAAUGGUUUUGCGAGAAAUGGCCAAGAACAAAGACCACAUUCAUUCUUUUGCUCCACAAGGGAAAAACUUGGGGAUUGCUCAAAAAGCUAUUGCUCUUGGAACUGUCAGCACUGUUGAGGAAGCUGUCAAAUGGCUCAGCUAUACUUACCUUUUUGUAAGAAUGAAAUGCAACCCAAUGGUCUAUGGAAUUGGUUACAACACUCUUGAGGCAAAUCCCAACUUGUACCUUCAUCGCAAGAAAUUGAUAUUUGAAGCUGGCCGUCAUCUUGAUAAAGCUCACAUGAUCCGAUUCAAUGAACCAACAGAAGGAUUUUCUUCCACUGACCUAGGUCGAAUAGCCAGCCAUUUUUAUAUCAAAUAUGCUACAAUUGAGAAUGGAGCCCGAAUUGUACGUGCUCUAUUUCAAAUUGCUCUUCGAAAGGGUUGGCCAAUCAUGGCCAGCCGGUUGCUGACCCUCAGCAAGACAGUGGAUAAACGACAAUGGGAAUUUGAAAGUCCUCUGAGACAGUUUCAACAUUGCCUUUCUUUUGAAGUUGUAAAUAAAAUAGAAAAAGCCAACCUCACUUUGGAAAAGAUGAGAGAGAUGACUUAUCAGGAAAUCGGCCAUAUGGUUCGCCAUGUUAAAAUGGGUUCUGUGAUUAAAAGAUGUGUUCAUCAGAUUCCUCAUUUGGAACUGGACGCUACAAUCCAGCCAAUCACUCGCACAGUUCUUCGAGUGAGAUUGGCUAUAACUGCUGAUUUCCACUGGGAUGAUAAGGUUGUGAGAGAAGAACCUCAGAUGAUGGUGUUUACUAUUCCAAUAUUUGAACCACUUCCAAGUCAAUAUUAUGUGAAAGUAGUUUCUGAUCGUUGGAUUGGUUCUACAAAUGUCUUCCCAAUAUCAUUCCAGCAUCUCAUUCUACCUGAAAAACAUCCUCCACACACAACCCUCUUGGAUUUACAGCCACUACCAAAGACUGCUUUAAAAAAUAAAGAUCUGGAAGAUUUGUACUCAUUCACUCAUUUCAAUCCAGUCCAAACGCAAAUAUUUCAUGCUGUGUACCAUGCGGACUGCAACAUUCUUUUAGGGGCUCCAACAGGAUCAGGCAAAACAGUUGCUGCUGAAUUGGCCAUUUUUAGAGUUUUCCAGAAUUAUCCAAAUGCUAAGGCAGUUUACAUUGCCCCAUUAAAAGCUUUAGUUCGAGAAAGAAUGAUUGACUGGAGAGUAAGGUUGGAACAAAAACUUGGAAAAAAAAUUGUUGAACUGACUGGAGACUUCACACCUGACGUGAAAGCCAUUGCCAAUGCAGAUUUGAUUGUUACAACCCCUGAAAAAUGGGAUGGUGUCAGCCGAAGCUGGCAAACCCGAAGUUAUGUUAAACAAGUUGCAUUAUUGGUCAUUGAUGAGAUUCACCUUUUGGGGGAUGAACGUGGUCCUGUUCUGGAGGUGAUUGUUUCUCGAACCAAUUUCAUUUCAUCUCAUACAGAGAAAAAUGUUCGCAUUGUUGGUCUGUCAACUGCCCUUGCCAAUGCCCGUGAUCUUGCUGACUGGCUGAAUAUCACAGAAAUGGGUCUUUACAAUUUUCGACCUUCUGUACGACCUGUCCCCCUUGAAGUCCAUGUUUCUGGAUUUCCUGGUCAACAUUACUGUCCAAGGAUGGUUUUAUGA